AAAUAGCCGGCUGCCCGGGGGAGGGAGGAAGACAGGGGAGGGAGCCCGACACGGAAGUGGGGGUAGCGUCUGGGGAGCAGACGGAGGCGGUGACCGCGACGUAAGAGACGGGAACCGGGCGCCGAGAGGUGGGAGCUCGCAGGAAGGCCACCGCCUCGGGAGACCUACAUGAGGUGCAGGAGUGGCUGGGCUUCCCUUCUCCACCUCCGCGAGCACCCAGACUGAUGGCGAUGGUGAUGGCGGCUGCUACUCGGACAGCCCCAAUGAAACUGCGCUCGGAGCGGUACAUCCAGAAAGUGCUCAGAAGAAACUUCCUGCCAGAAAAACUAAAAAAGCAGUAUUUAUAACACUGGAAUUUUGGGGUAACUUAUUAAAAUGGCAGAAAAUAGUGAAAGUAAUAGUAAAGAUGUAGACGUCAGACCCAAAACUAGUCGGAGUAGAAGUGCUGACAGAAAGGAUGGUUAUGUGUGGAGUGGAAAGAAGUUAUCUUGGUCAAAAAAGAGUGAAAGUUUUUCAGAUGCUGAAACAGUAAAUGUUAUAGAGAAAACUGAAGUUCCUUUACAGAGCCAAGAAAGAAAGCACAGCUGUUCAUCCAUCGAGUUGGAUUUAGAUCAUUCUUGUGGGCAUAGAUUUUUAGGCCGAUCUCUUAAACAGAAACUGCAAGAUGCUGUGGGGCAGUGCUUCCCAAUAAAGAAUUGUAGUAGUCGGCACUCUUCGGGGCUUCCAUCUAAAAGAAAAAUUCAUAUCAGUGAACUCAUGUUAGAUAAGUGUCCUUUCCCACCUCGAUCAGAUUUAGCCUUUAGGUGGCAUUUUAUUAAACGACACACUGCUCCUAUAAACCCCAAACCAGAUGAAUUGAUAAGCACAGAUUUGUCCCAGAGUGAAUUGGGAGAUGGUCAACUAAAACAAAGAAGAAACAUGGAAGAAGAGGUGAACUGUUUCUCACAUGCCAAUGUUCAGCCCUGUGUUAUAACCACCAACAAUGCUUCAUGUAGAGGUGGUCCUAUGGCUGGCUCUUUGAUGAACCUGGUUUCAAAUAAUUGUAUAGAAGAUAGUGAUAUGGAUUCAGAUGAUGAAAUUAUAACACUUUGCACAAGUUCCAGGAAAAGAAACAAACCCAAAUGGGAAAUGGAUGAAGAAAUCCUUCAGUCGGGAACAACUCCUAAGUACCACACCCAGAUUGAUUAUGUCCACUGUCUUGUACCAGACCUCCUUCAGAUCAAUAACAAUCCAUGUUACUGGGGAGUUAUGGAUAAGUAUGCAGCUGAAGCUCUCCUAGAAGGAAAACCAGAGGGUACCUUUUUACUUCGAGACUCAGCACAGGAAGACUAUUUAUUCUCUGUUAGUUUCAGACGCUAUAGUCGUUCUCUUCAUGCUAGGAUUGAACAGUGGAAUCACAACUUUAGCUUUGAUGCACAUGAUCCUUGUGUCUUCCAUUCUCCUGAUAUUACUGGGCUCCUAGAACAUUAUAAGGACCCAAGUGCCUGUAUGUUCUUUGAACCACUUUUAUCCACUCCCUUAAUUCGGACUUUCCCCUUUCCCCUACAGCAUAUAUGCAGAACAGUUAUUUGUAACUGUACAACUUAUGAUGGCAUUGAUGCCCUUCCAAUUCCUUCUUCUAUGAAAUUAUAUCUGAAGGAAUAUCACUAUAAAUCAAAAGUUAGAGUACUCAGGAUUGAUGCACCAAAACAACAAUGCUAGGUAGAGGGUAGGAACAUGGGAAUUUAAUACCUUAUUUUUCUUAAUGCUACUUUGAGUUUUUCUACAAGGGCAGUUAAGAGUCUGAAAUAAACCUCUGCCCUAAAUUUUGCUUCCAGAUCUGUUUAUUUUUCUUAUAAUACACUAAUUGUUUAAAGUUACACACUAAGGGUUAAUGGGUAUUUUUGACCAAGUGGUUUUUGUUUUUAUUCUAUAGAGUAUAUACUUGAACUUUUUUUCUUUUCUUAAUUGUAAUUUGCAUAUGAUCCAGGGAUAUUUGAAAAUUGGUAAACAUUGUAAACACAGUUAAUAAUUUGUAUUUCAUUAUUUUCUUUAAAAAUAAUCCUAUGUCCUUUCUUAGAUGUAAAAUGCUUUGUUAACUUAUGCCAUUGGCAUUCCUAUACAUAAAAUACGGUUUCCCCAUCUCCCUUUCCAGAGUUGUUUUCAAAUUCUUCAGUAAAGCUGAGUGUUGUAAUUUACAAUCUAUACUAAUGUAAUUGACUUGUAAUUUACUAAUAGGGAUGUUAAAGGUAACAACAUAGCUUAAAAUCCAACUUGAUGUGUUUUUACAGUAUUUUAAAUAUUAACUAAAGCAGGAUUACUAAAUUUGAUUAAUCUCAUCAGUAAGAAUCAAAUGAGAGCAUAACAUUUUUGGAGAUGAAUGUAUUCUACAAUGUGGCAUGGUCAUUUGUUAAUCCUUGAAUAGGUCUCUCUUAAAACCUGGAACAUAAACAUUGUUCCUUUCUCACUGGGAGCUUUAAAAAUAAUGAUAACACUGUUAGUAACUAGUAGUUACUAAAGUUCUAAAAACAAUUGUGAGGGUUUUUUUUUCUGUAUUUACUUAUGAACUGUUGCUUCUACUUAGCUCUUUUAUAGAAACUCAGCCUGUUACUUGGGGAGAUGCUACAGUUUAUAAACAGCCACGCAUUUUCAUUGAUCCCUAAAUAAGUUUUCAUUAUUUUAAAUUGAACUUGAAUAAAGAUUCAAGAAGUGAACACAGAACUUAGUAUUCAGAAAGCUUAAUAUUGUUUUUAAUCUUCAAGUUUCAAAUAAUUAUUCCUGUCUUCAGAAUUAACAUGUCUUUAUUGUAACUUCAAAAAAAGGAAAACAUUUUGAGAGCUACAUGGCUUAGGCCAUACUGAACAGUACUAGGCAAUAGGUGUAAUAUUUUAAAUUUACUUUCCCAAGAACAGGAAAGCAUUUUUAGAAACACCAUUAUCCCUAUGUAAGAUAAAUGAAGUGAUAUCCUAUCUAUCCACUCUUUUUAAAAGAAUCAGUGAAUAAUAAAUCUUCUAGACAACUGUUUCUUCUGAUGACCUGUUGACAUAUAGUAAUUAAUUUCUUGAUGCUGGUUUAGCUCUAAUAGGAAACUUUCUACCUGGGUUGAAAAAAUUUUUACUAAAAUUUAGUUAUAAUAAAUGUUUCUUAAAUACCAUUGCUUUUAUGUUGAAGUAGCAUUUCUAUUUCCUGCAGCUCUGCUGCUAAUAUAAAUAUAGCAUUUUUCAAUAAUAGUGUUAAAAUAAAUUUUUAGCAAUUACCACAAAAUUAAACCAAGAAAAUCUGUUCCCAUUAUCUUCUACCAUUCUUUUUUCUCGGUGAUCUCAAGAUUGUCUUGGUUCCAGUGAAGGGUAGCUAUUAGAAUAGCACCUCUCUUAGCAGAUGAGGCUCAGGAUUUCAACACCAAUGUCAGGAUAAAUAUCUCUUAUAAAGAUGCUGUUUUCCUUUUACAAAAGAAAAGUCUCAUACUACCUCAUCUUUAUUGUGGCACUUUUGUAGUUCACUGAGAAGCUUAUCUUAUUUACCAAUAUUACAAUUCCUAAAUACUCAUCUUUGGUGAAAGAAAAUUAAUAGUAUGGUAAGACUCUACCCAUGAUUAUAAUUUUUUAUCAGAAUUUGAUAAUGAGACUUUCUGUUUCUAUGAAACAAUUAUUUUAAAUAUUUUUCUUUAAAAAUAAUUUUUAUCAGUACAGAAAAACCUAAGGGAUGACAAAAACAAAUAUUCUGUUAAAAGGUAAUUUUAUAAAGAAAAAUGAAGCAUAAUUAUGUUGUCUUUUAUAAUGGUAAAAAUUGGUGUUUAUAUAAAAUCAAAAAUCUAAGUAGCUUUUCAUAUAGUCAAACUGUGAUAUAUUUUCUUUGGCUUUCUCAAUUUCAAGGUAUUAAUAGCUGUUAUACUGCCAUAUAUAUAGCCUUGAAGUAGAUGAUCUAAUAAAUGAGAGCAGGAAACAGACUCAUUUACUCUGAAAUGGUUUGUAUUUUUCUUUGAUAUUUGCUACAGUUAAAAGAAACCUGGAAAAUCUAUACAUAUAAAAGCCUAAGCAACUGAACGACUGGUUGACUAGUUGCUAUGACACGCAUUGACCACCAGGGGGCAGAUGCUCAACACAGGAGCUGCCCCUUGGUGGUCAGUGCGCUCCUACAGCCAACCUCCCGCAUUCCCUCCCACCCCCAGCCAACCUCCCGUGGUCCCUCCCCCACCUGGCCCACCCAUCGGCCCUGAUGGCUGGCCAGGCUGAGGGACCCCACCUGUGCAUGAAUUCAUGCACCAGGCCUCUAGUAGAAAUAUAAAUACUUGGAAAGGAAACUGUUUACCAUAAAGGAAAAUGAAAAGAGUAAUAAUAAAUUUAAUUUUUAAAUGAAUUUAAGAGGUCUGAAUUUAGAAAGGGAAACCCCUUUCUCAGUUUCUUUGUGAGGACAUAUUUGGAAGAGCAUCCAAUAUUCAGAAACAAACUCAUGUUAAAAUGCAAUUAUGGAUAUAUAAGUAAAAUGAGUUAUGUUUUGAGAGGAACAAUGUGGGAAGAUACCAAUAAAUACAAAUUUUGUAACUCUAAGACAUUGUGACAAUUUGAAAAGUAAAUUCUAGAGUUGAGAAACCACCAUGGUGGAAAUAUGCAGCGCUUAUUGUUAAAAGAAGAUGAGGUUAAAAGAAACAAGAUAAAAUAUUAAACUUAAGAAUUUAGGCAUUACCUCAGGGGAAAGCCUUGACAGUGAAAGGGAACUACUUAAUAGCUAAUAGCUAGCCUGGACCACACACUUAACUGCACUUUGGGAGUCAUCCUGCACAAAUCAGGAAAUAAACUUGACUUUUCUAUUUCUCUGUGAAGCUUUUCAGGACAUUAACCCACUCCCCUUUAAGCUGUAGCAUCUUGGUUCAUACUAUAAUUCCAAAAAUAUGGUGAUGGAUUUUUUUAGGUUUCUUGAGUAUUUUUGUAUGAAGAAUCAUGUGUGAUCUUUUUAUAACCAUACCAUUCACUUAAAUAAUUCACAAUGGGAAUGGUUUAAUUUAAAGGAAGACUUAACAGGAAGAAGAUUAAAGGAAGCUUUUAGUCAGCCUGUGGCUAGAUUUAUUGAUUUGGUAAUCAGUCCUGUAUUCUUUCCUGAAUUUCAGCUGAUGGCAAAUUGUGGUCAAAGAAUGGCUUUCAGUUAGUUUUGACUUCUUAUAAAUAAUAAUAAAAGAAUAUCUUAGAAAUUAGAAAUCCUUUAAGAAGUUGGACAAAUGUGGCAAUUAGGACUCAUUAUAUAAAUUCCAUUUU